AUGAGCGCGCAGCUGCAGCAGACCUUCCGCAGGGAGGUGUUCGUCUACUCGCGCGCGCUGCCGGACGCGGAGGCGGCGCUGCGCGCGGCGGAGGGCGAGUCGUUCCGGCCGGUGGCGGCGCGCUGCCUGCUGUCGGGCGACGCGCUCGCGCUGGAGGACCUGUCGGCGGCCGGCUUCCGGCUGGCGGCGGGCGGCGCCUCGCUGGACCUGCCGCACUGCGCGCUCGUGGCCCGCGCCGUGGCGCGCCUGCACGCCGCCUCCGCGCCGCUCGUCGACCGCGAGCCCUACGUCGGCGAGCUGUUCCGCGACUCCGCCUUCUUCAACGAGGCGUCGCGCCCCGACAUGCAGCACUUCACCGAGAAGAACAUGCUCGCCGUAGCCGAGGCGCUCGACGCCGUGCCCGGUUUCGCCGGGUACGCGCAGAAGUACCGCCAGCUGGCCGUCAAGAUCUUCGACCGGCUGCUCGCUCUGCACCGGGACCAGGAGGGCCGCAUGCGAGUGCUGCUGCACGGCGACCUCUGGCGGAACAACCUCAUGUUCCGCUACUCCGACGGCCGGCCCGUCGACGUCAGAUUGGUCGACUUCCAGAUGGCGUACGUUGGCUCUCCAGCUCAAGAUCUGCAGUUCUUCCUGUACGGGAACGCGAGCGAGGAGGUACACCGCAACAGCAUGGAGUACCUGCUGUCGGAGUACCACUGCGUGCUGCAGUCGACGCUGAGCGCGAUGGGCGAGCACGAGCGGGCGGCGUCCUACCCGCUGGAGCAGCUGCGCCGCGACAUGGACGACCACGCGCUGCUCGGCCUCUACUGCGCCUGCAACGCCAUGGGCUUCACGCUGGCGCCCAGCGGCUCCGCCAACGCCAUCGCCACCAACGCCACCAACAGCCCCGCCGUGCACCGCAGGGUCUUCACCAACCCCGCGCUUCUCUCCUACAUUAAACACGUCACGCCCAUCUUCGAGAGCAAGGGGCUCCUCUGACACGCAUCCUACCAUAAUCCUCUCGCUUAUAGCUGAAACGAGGGCGAAGACAACGAGAACUAACCACGACGUCGCCAGUUUGUCACGGAUGUGCGAUGCUUGCUCUCUGCAGCAAGGCGCGCACGUGCUGCAGGAGGCUAUGGCAGUGGUGGGUGAUGAGUUAGUGAGUGCGCGUUUUGGUAAGAGCGUCUGGUCGCCACUUAAACACAUACACUAGAAGAAGAUAUCCAAAUUCAUCUCCUUCUUGUAGAUGUGAUCCCAUCAUCCAGUCUUCUGUCUCCUCGACUCAUGCGUCGAUCUUCAUCUCCGUACAUCAACCUCCUCACUGAUCUUUGCCUGUCACUUUACUUUCAUCACUUUGCUGUUCUUUCCAGAGCCAACUUAGCCAUUCGUGGUUACCUUAGCACAUGUCCGACUAAUCUGUCUCUUCUUUUAGCGUGUGUUUCUUCUGAAUUCUUUGUCUGUUACUACUAAUAUCUUUUCAUUUCGUAGAAUACCUGAUUUUGUCCGUUAAAAACGGUUUUAUGAAAGCCUGUGACUGAAAAUAAAUAACUUUUCUGCUACCAGUCAUAGUUUUCUUUUAUCCAUAUUUUACACGACGCUUUUCGGGAGAUGAUUCCCAUUUUCAAGGGCAGUUUGUCUGUGUACUACGACAUUUUUACGUAACGUUUUUCGUGUGUGAGGUUCUCCUUUGUUUUGUCGACUUUGCUGCAAUCUAUAAAAAACGCGCCGUUUUUAGUUGGUUAUCGGUUUUUAUAUGUAGUUAGUGGCGAAAUUUGGAAGAACUUAAACGUACAGUUUUCUAAAAGCGUAAUUGUAACUGUUUAUACAAGUUGUUUUCGAUUAAUAAUGUGCACGGAAAAUUGUGGGCGGUGUUUAAAAAAAGACAUGUGUGAGACUGUUCACAAAUGGACCAUAAGAAAACUGAAAGCACAAGUUCCUCCAAAUAUCGCCAAUAGCUACAUAUUAAAAUCGAUAACCAACUAAAAACUGCAUGUUUUUUUUAUAUUACAUUAAAGUCAACAAAACGAAGUACCUCACACAUCAAAACAUUACUUAAAAAUGGCAUAGCACAUAAAGAAAACGCAUUUUUAUAAACAAACCCAUCGUGGAAUACCGAUCGGUUUCACAACAAAAUCACUUUAAAAAUGUAACAUUGGGCUUUCAAAUCUGAUAUUCAGCUGCCCCUUCCGAGAUGUUUAAUAUGGACUUCACUGACUGAGCAGUCUUUUUUAGAGCUUUGAGUGUUUUUGAUUCCGUCCAGCACCUCUUUCCCCCACAUUUCAGUCUCCUCGUCCCUCCACGAAUCCAUGCCUAUUAUGUCUUCCACAAACUGUGUACGUAUUUCGAUAUUUGACGCUCUUACAAUUUACACUUCCAUUACAUCUUCAUAUUAAACCUUUGCGAUAUUGCGCCAUCCGUUCAAGAAGACAUACUUUUCAAUAAAAUUUUUUUGCUCUGUCAUAAGAAAAACGUUUAAAUUUUUCGGCCACUGUUAUAACGAACUGAAACGUAGAACAUUGAGGAAGGUGCUGUGGUCAAUGUCCCAGAAGACUUUCAUUGAAACUGUCAACAGCUGUGGAACAUUAUGGUCAUGUAAAUGUUAGAAUUAUUACUUUACCUGUUAUCCAGUUCAAGAUUGCACUGUACUACGGCACAAGCUUGUAGUAAUA